AGAAGUGCCUGAGAAUAUUCUGAUGAUGAAAUCGUUUAAUAAUUCUGCUCGGCUGUUACAUUCGUUAACUCACGCCAAGUCUCGAAACGAAACCGCGCUAGAAAGUGACGUUGCGUAGUAUCGGCUUCCUCGUAAUAAACAGCACGCACUACGGAAGUGCGGAUUUCGCUCGCUUUUCUGCGUGCUACAUUCACGGCCUCUCUCACGUGCUGUAUAAAUUGUCUCCAUAAGACACGCUUAUGAACAUGAUAGGAGACUUGAAGUGGCAUAUCUGUCACCUAAGUGCUUUGCGGUGGUCUUAACCGGUUGGUCAGCUUAAACAGCAAGAGAAGUCAGUGCAGGAGUUGGUGUCGUGAAGAGAAGUGUGUGUUUCUUACGAACAAACAAAUGUGCUUUUUGUGCACGAAGCAAUGAACUCGUGUUUUUUUGUUCGUGAGCUUUGUUUUUUACGUACACGAGUCCCAUGUACUAUAUGACCAAUUUCAGUAACUGGUAUUGCCAUUGUUUCAAUGAAGAUGAUUACAGAACGGAUUUUGCAUUCAUCCAAGGUGAUGGUCUGGUGGUUGCUACUUCUUCCACUGGGCGUCGCCGCACUAUGUCGCCCAGGACACCAGUUUUGGGACGAGACGUCAGAGAGAUGUGUGAACUGCAGUAAAUGCCCAGUCGCUGGACAUGUCGUCUUACGACCAUGCCAAGUCCAUCAGGACACCCAGUGCGGGCCGUUAUCAGCACUCGACAUCGACUGGUCGUUCCUGAACAGACCGCGCUCCUCGAAAGCCACCAGCGUCUCACGCCAUCAGCAUUUGUCAGCGAAGCACCACGAAGUGUUCGCCGAAGAGCAUUUCAGUGACAGCGCUGUUGCCGAAGAUGUACGAUCAUCUCGCAACCACCCCCAGGGCGAGGGGACGUCGACGCACGUCGUAAAACACAAAGAGAAAAAUUCGCAUCCAAAAUUUGUUUCUUCCGAAGGAAUAAAAGCGAGAAACCACAAAAAGUCUCAUCAUAUAAAGUUGUCCACAGAAGAAUCGUAUUCAGAACAUCGAGAUGAAUCACCCAGACAUCACAAACAUCACCACUAUCACGAGGAACAUGCCUCCUCAGAAAGACGUUGCUCAAAUCCUAGAAAACUCCGGAAUCAUAAUCAGAACAGAACCAAAAGCCAACAGCACAGCCGACAGAAAUGUAAGUGGACGUCUUCAGAGACGGUCCAUUCGUUUGACUCUGAGCCGCGCCGCGUGGAUGGACGCCGAUGGUCGUUCUCCGAGUCAGCGAGUUCAGCUGAGCGUCACGCGUCCUCUUCCAGAAAGUCGAACGACACGAUGAAACAUCAUCAUCAUCAUCACAAGCACACGGACGAACACCGCGAAAAGAAACUUGAAGGCGUCCAGGACGAAGCUGGAGGAAUGCCAGUGCGGCGGCCAGAAUCCGCCUCUCAGUUAAGAGAGUCCGAGGAGGCCGUUGUCAACUCGUCGCUUGACGGCGGUCUGCUCCCCAGGCGCGUCAGCCAGUCCGUGGUCUCCGCCCCGUUCUCUUCGGCCGAGGAACUGGUCUGGGACUGGCAGGCCGUCGCAAUGGCCCUCGCGGUCUUCGCCUGUCUUCUGUUCUUCGCCGUCGCCUGCGUGUACUCGGUCCACCACGCGCGGCAGUGGAGGAGGCUCAAGGACCACUUCGAGGACUUCGAAGCAGAUGUGGGAGAACUGUCAACACGACUCAGCCUUUUGCUGCCAGCAGUCCGUCCUGAAGAAGAAGCUGUUCAGGCCGAAUGCUGCAACAGUUCCAGUCAGUGCGUCUAUCUGGAGCAGCUGCUGGCGCGCAAACAGCAAUCAGAAGAAGGAGCAGGAAACGGGAACGUGUACAUUGAUCGGGAAGUCGUGGCUGGCCAUCGAGAGUGAGUUCUCUGUUGACAAAGCCGUCAUGUGACGACUCAAAGGAUUGCGUCUUUCCCGUGUGACUAUUUGUUGAUGACGACGUGUCCCCGGAACUCUUAAGAAAGAGCUUGAGGAAUGCAGUGAAUUUUGUUGUGUAAAUUAGGAAACAUCAGACCAUCUCGAACCCGUUGCUUCAGCGGAAGCCAAAAGUUAAAGAAAAAAUGCAAACGAAGUUUUUGCGUGCAAUCCCCAAAUGGAGGAACAUUUAUCAGUUUGAUUCGAUCGCGCCAUUCAGAUGAAAUUGUCGAAACACUUCACGGUCUUCAGCUCGAAGUAUAUUCGAAACUUACAGAACUCAGUCACGUCUUAUUAAAAUUCAAUGUUGCGUUUAGGACCGUCUCAUACUUUGUUUCUGUAUUAAAUAUUUCGAUAAUUAUUAUUCCAGUAGUGUAGAAGUUUUGCUUUGGGUAAAUCAGUUUUUAACCAGUUAUUUAUAAAUAAAUGUUUAUUUUAUAUAAUGGAAGAUCUUCGUGGAAUCUCUGUCUAAAAUAAGAGUCGUGAAAAUGCUGCCUACAAACUGGACGACGAGGAUUUGAUCUCUGACGGGGGCAGAGAACUUUUCCUCUAGCAUCUGCGUCCAGACUGGCUCUGGGGUCCACGCAGCCUCCUGUCCAAUGGGCUCCAGGCCCCUUCGCAAGUAACAGCCCCAAAAUGGGGCUGCAAACCGAUCCUUGGAUUGACGGAAAAUAAUAUUUCUAUUGAAUUACUAUGGAAAUGUCAGUAUUUUGUUUUUGGAUGAGAAAACUGAAUAUUUCCAUAUAAAUUAUCUCGUCAAAUGAAUUAAUAAACUGCAAUACACACUUUAAAUUACGUGCCUAAGGACUUUGAAAAUAUUCUUGAUGGUUGUGACUUGUCCUUGCUUAAUUGCACAAACAGGAAACUGAGUACAAAUCCAGAGUUUGCGAUCACGUGUUUAAAAGAACGUGCGCGUUUAUUUGUUUAUGUACUUAUUUUUGUUAGUUUAAUAAAGUCCACUUAAUAAACAUCUUUGUAAAGUAAAA